AUGUUGACGGCUGUAUCGUGGGCCGAUAAACCCGCCCUCAAGCAGGUUACAGUCAGGGCCACUUUGGUGGGUUUAUUCAUAGGCUCACUGGUGCUGAUUUCGAACUUCCAGUUUGGGCUGCAGACAGGAUGGGUGUCAAUGAUGUCUCUGCCCAGCGCCUUGCUGGCCUGCGGGAUAUUCCGGCACAUCUGGCCGCUGCUGUUUGCGGAGUACCCGCCGUUCAGCGAUGUUGAGAACGUGUACGUGCAGAGCAUUGCUGUCGCAGUGGGAACGGGGCCUCUUGCGUACGGGUUCGUGGGCGUGCUGCCGGCGAUCGAGAAGUUCAUGACGCGCGAAGAAAGCGGAGGAUUGCGAGACCCCGGCGACCCGUUCACGUUGAGACAGCUGCUUCUGUGGUCGCUCGGGCUGGCGUUUUUUGGGAUCUUCCUGGCCGUGCCGCUCAGAAAGCAGGUGAUUAUCAGGGAAAAGCUUGCGUUCCCCAGCGGAAGCUCGACCGCGCUUCUGAUUAGCGUCCUGAACAGCUCCGAGAUACUGCAGGAGGUGACGCCGCAGGAGCUGGUGCAGAUGAGACGCUACCGGCUAGCGCGGCAAGAAGAUGAGCAGCCCCUGGUGGCAUCGGCGGCGUCUGUAUCUCCCGUAGGAAGCGUGCUGAGCCCCAACUACAUGGAGCGGCGUGAAGAAGCACCACCGAGACCAGGCCAGUAUGCGUCCAAUGUCAGCAUACUCCUGCGGACGUUUGCCGUGUCCUCUGCUUAUACACUACUCUCAUACUUUGUGCCCUACAUCAAGGCAAUACCCCUCUUUGGCCGCCAUCUGUCCGAGACGUACCUUUGGAAUGUUCAGUUCUCACCGGCUUACAUCGGCCAGGGGAUGAUCAUGGGGUUCAACACUGUUUUUUUCAUUAUGAUUGGAUGUGUUCUUGGAUGGGGCAUUCUUGCGCCUCUCGCGAGGCAUAUGGGCUGGGUACCCCCCGACGCUGAUAUUAAUGAUUGGGAAAAAGGCGUUCAAGGCUGGGUCUUAUGGUCGUCUUUGGCGGUUAUGGUGGCAGAUAGUGUAGUUGGUUUCAUCGUACUUACGGUCAAAGCGACGGUCAAGUUUCUGCUGAUCGAUAAUAAAGCGGAUGCCCUGAACAGCUUUUUGGAUGAUUCUAUAGAAUCCAUGCUAUUGGAAGAGCAGCGUGAACUGGACGUAAAGGGCGAAGGUUCCAUACCGGUUAAGCUUGUCAAUGCAGAUCAGGAGCAUGAAGUCGACUCAAAAUACCUCGUGCGGUGCACUACCGUCAUUAGUGGCUGGAUAGUGUCUUCCCUGAUUUGCGUAAUAUCAAUGAUCUACUUAUUCGGGAAAGACUGUAUCCCCAUAUAUUCGUUACUGCUGGCUCUCCUUAUAGCCAUCUUUCUAUCGAUUUUGGGCGUCCGGGCUCUUGGGGAAACCGAUCUCAACCCGGUCAGCGGCAUCGGAAAGCUGGCUCAAAUCAUUUUCGCUCUUGUUGUACCCAGGGAUCACAAGGCCGCUGUAUUAAUAAAUUUGGUUGCCGGAAGUAUAGCUGAGGCGGGCGCUCAGCAAGCGGGCGAUUUAAUGCAAGAUCUUAAGACAGGGCAUUUAAUCGGUGCUUCUCCUAGGGCUCAGUUUACCGCGCAGAUUAUCGGCGCCAGCUGGUCGAUCGUGUUGUCUAGCGUAAUGUACAUUUUUUACAACAAGGUCUACGAAAUCCCCAGCCAGCAAUUCCGGAUCCCAACUGCGUUCGUAUGGAUAGACUGCGCACGUCUGGUCAUGGGUAUGGCACUCCCACCAUACGCACUGGAAUGUUCGAUCAUCCUAGGAAGCAUCUUUGCAGUCAUAUCCCUCGUAAAGAAUUGUAUUGAUAAGGACAAGUACAGAUGGGCGCAGUGGUUACCCUCAGGCGUUGCCCUUGGCGUCGGGAUGUACAACUCACCUAGUUUCUCCAUUGCCAGGUUCAUCGGCGGCAUGCUAUCAUACUACUGGCUCAGAACCAGAAGAGGCGAUGCUGGCGCCAAGACCAAUAUGAUCAUCUUCAGUUCUGGGAUGAUCCUUGGAGAGGGCGUAUGCAGCAUAGUCAGCAUGACGUUAGCCUCGAUAGGUACGCCGCAUAUGUAA